AUGCCUCUGCCCCGACGCCGCUCCUCCUUCCUGGGACAGCAGUCCUCCGAGCGCCCGGGCGCCACGGCGGGCGCCUGCGGGCGCAUCGGCGCGCCCGGCACGACCGCGCCGCGCGGAGUCUUCGUAGGCCCCGCCCCCACCGUAGCAGGCGGAGCUUCCUGCCUCGGCACGCGCGUGUCGCGGCGAGCUCUGGGCAUCAGCAGCGUGUUCCUGCAGGGGAUGCGGAGCAGCGCGGCGCCCGUGCUGCCGCGCGUGGCGGGCCGCGGCGGCGGAGCCUCGGCGGCGGCGGCGGGGCUGAACGGGUGUCUGAUGGAGUACCGGGACAAGGUGCGAGCGCUGGAGACGCUGAACCAGCAGCUGGAGGAGCAGAUCAGACUCUGUCUGGACCGCAAGGCGUCCAGCGCCGGCGCCUGGGGGGCGCUCCGGACCGAGUGGGAGGACGUCUACCGACAGGUCAGUGAAGCGAUCCUGGACAACGCUCGGCUGAUGCUGCAGACAGAGAACGUUCAGGCUAACGCAGAGGACUUCAAGGAGAGGUUUGAGAACGAGCAGCCGUUCAGGAAGGCCGUGGAGGAGGAGAUCAGCUCGCUGUACAAGGUGAUCGACGACGCCGACCUGACCAAGGCCGAGCUGGAGGAACAGAUGGACACCAUGAGAGCCGAGCUGAGACACCUGGAGCUCAACCACGAGCAGGAUGUGCGUGUCCUCUACAGUCAGAUGGCGGGCAGAGACGUGGAUGAGUCCGACUCUCCGAUAGAAACCAGUCUGGACCAGAUCCUGACGUUCAUCCGGAGCCAUUGGGAGAAAGUUACGGAGAGGAACCGCGCCGACACCGACAGCUACCUCGAGUGUAAGGAGUCUGAGUGUGUGAGCAGAAACCUGAGUCCUGAGGAGCAGCAGCUGGAGUUCCUGAAGGCCGAGUGUAACGAUGCCGGCUGUAAGAUCCAGAGUCUGCAGGCCGAGACCGAGUCCAUCCGAGCCCUGAAACGAGGUCUGGAGAACUCUCUGGGUGACGCCCGCCACUGGCACGACAUGGAGCUGCAGAACUUGGGCUCGGUGGUGGCCAAGCUGGAGGCCGAGCUGUCCGACGUGCACGGCGAGAUCGAGCAGCAGCGCCACGACUACGACACGUUGCUUAGCAACAAGCAGCGGCUGGAGCAGGAGAUCGCCAUGUACCACGGCGUCCUGGACGGAGAGGAGAGCCGCUUCCAGCCGUCAGACACGCUGUGUCCAGGUGUGCACUCAGAGGCUGAGGGGGCGACCAGUGCUUCUGCCGGCUCCAGUACCGCAGCACCAGCUGAUCCCAGACCCCCAGCCAGCUGAUCCCAGACCCCCAGCCAGCUGAUCCGAGAACCCUGCUCCAGCUGAUCCCAGACCCCUGCUCCAGCUGAUCCCAGAACCCUGCUCCAGCUGAUCCCAGAACCCUGCUCCAGCUGAUCCCAGACCCCCAGCCAGCUGAUCCCAGAACCCUGCUCCAGCUGAUCCCAGAACCCUGCUCCAGCUGAUCCCAGACCCCCAGCCAUCUGAUCCCAGAACCCUGCUCCAGCUGAUCCCAGACCCCCAGCCAGCUGAUCCCAGAACCCUGCUCCAGCUGAUCCCAGAACCCUGCUCCAGCUGAUCCCAGAACCCUGCUCCAGCUGAUC